AAACUGUGUUUUAUUGGUAAUUUUUUAUUAAUUUUUAAUUCCAUUCCUGUAAAAUUCCAAAUUUAUUAAUACUACAGUUACACAAACAUUGUCGUAUCUUGAAACUAUCUCAGAAAUAAAUAACAAUAAUUCUAAAUACGACGCACUACGACUCCAACAAAUAUUUAUCUUUGAAUAAAACAUCGAUUGAAGUCUUAAUAAAUUUAAAUGUUACGCAUGAUCAUAGCGAAGUGGCGCUUGUUUGUUGACAUUACUACGCCGAGUAGCUACGGCCGUGCGCGCCAUCGCGCCGUAUCCAACAGUUUUAACCAAUAAAUAAACGAAUUUCACAGUGUUUAAGCAAAAUAACUUUGACCGAAACGCGUUUUAGUUGAAUCUAUGUGAAGUAUUAGUUAUAACGGACUGUUUUUCCAGUGAUUUUAUUGUGGAAAAAAAGGCGGGCUAUCUGUGCACAAGUGACGAUUACUAAUCUAUUUAUAGCCGAACCUGUGUUGUGUUGCAUAUGUUUUCGUCUCUACAGCUGUUCUAGUAGAAUCUUUAAUCAUUCCAAUAAGAUUUUUAGUGUAACAACAGAGUUCUAGGCAUCCUAAUUAGAAAUUUUCUGUGAAUGGAACAAGGAAAAACUGCAUAAACUAGUUUGACAGCUCACCGAUGCACACAGACGUAACGCGCAUGUGUGCGUGCAAGUGAUGUGAAAUUCUUGCGAUUAUCGAUUGGGAGAUAAUUUCAAGGACAAAUGUUGUAUUUUAUACUGCUUCAAUUCAUUUAAUAUUUUAAAAUAUAAAUCUACGAUCGCAUUAUGGAGUCGCCCAUUGUAGAGACGAUGAGCUCAGAGCAGGGUCAAGGCCCCUUAUCGGCAGGUUCAAAUCAAUUGUUUGCGACAGAAAACUUGGAUUUGCCUGAUGAUACGUUUCGAAUGGGCUUAGAUAACUUUCAUUUAAUCGGCGAAAACGUGACAGUGAGCGAGAGGGUCACGUCCGUAGAUACUGCUAGAUCUUCGGUCGACACACCAAGCGUAUUGCCCGACUUUAACAUUCCUACACCUAUGAACACACCGGUCAAUGAGAUUACGCCCGAAAUUUUGCUGCCAAUUUCAGAAACACCUAAAAUCCCAACCGAGACCAUUCGUAAAGCAGCUACCUUACUCAAACUAUCGAUAGUUAAGAAGGACGAGGACGAUGUAUUCGUGAAACCUUCGCCGAUGACCGAUGGCAUGUCGCCGGCGAGAAUGCUGCAAUUCGAAAUAGACGGAGCAAACAACGCGACCCCUACCAUGAGAAGGGCCGUUGUGGACUUCGACUUCUUUAAUAAGAAUAAAUUCGAUGAAUACUUCGAAGACACUCGACAGGACGUUAAAAUUGCCUCGGAAUGUAAAAAUGAGGAGACGUUUAAAGAAACUGCAGUUAUAACGAAGGCGAACACCGUGCGACACGAAAUAGGCUAUGUUAACUUAAACGGUGCCUCAAAAGUGGACAUAUCACACUUCGAUUUGCUCAAAGUUCUCGGUACCGGAGCUUACGGCAAAGUGUUCCUAGUUAGAAAAAGAUGCGGCAUCGACGAGGGAAAGUUAUACGCAAUGAAGGUUUUAAAGAAAGCAUCUAUUGUACAGAAAUUAAAGACUGCCGAACACACCAGGACUGAGAGACAGGUCCUGGAGGCUGUAAGGGAGUGUCCAUUCCUAGUCACGCUUCAUUACGCUUUCCAAACGGACGCGAAACUUCAUUUAAUACUUGAUUACGUCGCCGGUGGAGAGCUGUUCACACAUUUAUACCAAAGGGAGCAUUUCAACGAAAGCGAAGUUAGAAUAUAUAUAGCUGAAAUUAUACUGGCGCUCGAACAAUUGCAUAAGCUCGGCAUAAUCUACCGCGACAUUAAACUGGAGAACAUCCUCCUCGACGCCGAAGGACACAUAGUGCUAACCGACUUCGGACUAUCCAAGGAGUUCGUCGGCGGAGAGAGCAGAGCUUACAGUUUCUGCGGCACCAUAGAAUACAUGGCCCCCGAAGUCGUCAGGAGCGGGAGUCAAGGACAUGAUAUUGCUGUAGACUGGUGGUCGGUCGGCGUGCUGACCUACGAACUCCUGACCGGUGCCUCGCCGUUCACCGUCGAAGGCGAGAAAAAUACACAGCACGAGAUCACGAAGCGAAUCGUUCGAUGCAGUUAUCCCCUACCUCCUGACGUCAGCCCCGAGGUUCAAGACUUUAUUAGAAAAUUAUUAGUAAAAGAUCCACGUCGGAGACUCGGAGGCGGCGAGGGUGACGCCGAAGAACUGAAGAGGCACUCCUUUUUCCAGAAUUUGAAUUGGGAGGCUGUGGCGAGACGCGAGGUUCCAGCGCCGUUCGUGCCGCAGUUGUCGCACGCGGCUGACACUUGCAACUUCGCGGAUGAGUUCACGCGGAUGCCGCCCACAGACUCGCCAGCCCAGGCUCCCAAACACAGCGACAAGCUAUUCAUGGGAUACUCAUACGUAGCUCCGAGUAUAUUGGUGUCGGAGAACAUAAUAUCGGAUCAGAUAUGGAUGCAGGCGACCGGACAGAAAACCGAGAAGCUCAAAGGAUGGACGCCCAAGGAUUCCCCGUUCUUCCAAAAGUACGCCGUAGAUUUGAGCGUGCCGCUGCUCGGCGACGGUUCGUACUCGGUGUGUAGGAAGUGCAUCCACCGGCAGAGCGGCAAGGAGUACGCAGUCAAGAUAAUAUCGACGCAAAAGAAAGAUGUCAAACAAGAGAUAGAGUUGCUGAAGGCCUGUCAGGGUUGUCCGUACAUCGUAACGCUGCACGAAGUCAUCGAGGAUUCCGCGUUCACGUACAUAGUGACGGAGCUGGUGAGCGGCGGCGAGCUGUGGGCGCGCGGGGCGGGCGCGGUGCCGGAGCGGGCGGCGCGCGGCCUGCUGGCCCAGCUGGCGCUGGCCGUGCGACACAUGCACGCCGCGCGCACCGUGCACCGCGACCUCAAGCCAGAGAACAUCCUGCUGACGAGCUCGCGGCUGGGCGACGCCCGCGUGAAGGUGGUGGACUUUGGAUUCGCGCGCCGCAUGCCGCCUCCAGACGAGCGCGCGCGCAUGAUGACUCCUUGCUUCAGCCUGCCGUACGCGGCGCCCGAGGUGCUCGCCCGCGCCCGCAGCGCCGCCGCGCCCGGCUACGGCCCGCAGUGCGACGCCUGGAGCCUCGGGGUCGUCUUCUACUGCAUGCUGUGCGGCCGGGCUCCCUUCCAACCGACCUCCAGGAAGGAGCCGAUAACGGCAUACAUGGACAGGAUCCGGGCAGGAAACUUUACUAUGGAAGGUCCGCAGUGGGACAAGAUCUCGAGUGAGAGUAAACGCAUCAUAACCGGCUUACUGUCGGUCGAGCCGUCUCACCGGAUGACCAUCGACGAGCUGCUGGCCGACUUGGGAGUCAACACCGAAGAAUCUGUCUUCAAAUUAUCCGACAUGACCAAGGCGGACCUGUACAAACGCCGGAACAAGAACAAACCGCGCAAGUCCAGCUCCGAGCCCGGGCCAUCCGGGGACCAGGACGGCGAGGCCUCGCUCAUCGAGACUAUCAACAGCCUCAAGCACAGGACGGACCGGAGCUCGAUCGAGGACGACGUGGCGCUCAUCCGGGCCAACACCCAGGACACGCCCGUGCACGACACCGCCGAGCCCAACUUCGAGGACGUGCCCCCAGUCAAGCCGGUCGAGAAGACCUACGCCAAGACCAGGUCCAAGCUGGACGACUACAUCUACAUCGAGAGCCAUAAAGGUCUGGACGGCACCCAGGUCGCCUUCCCGAAAGUGCGAGCGAAGAAGUCCAAGGACUCCCCCGUGCCGCGCAAGAGGAGAAAAGUCGACGCGCCAGAGGCCAACGAGAGGCAAUUGCGCAGUCGCGGCAAGAGAAGCACCCCCGCCACUCCCGUGGUUGAGAAGCGAGGCAAAGCCGACGGUAGAGUCACCAAGGAGUCGAUAGAGAACGAAAAAACGGUCCGCGUCACUCGCAAGAGGAAAUACGAGGAGAUAACCAAGCCGGUGCUCAGGGAGAAGGGGCAGAACGGACGCGCCACGAGGCAAGCCAGCGAACGCAAAACGAUCAAAGCGAAGAAAAAGGAAACUUUGACCUUGAAUCAACAGGAAGAUCAGAUGCGCAUGACGAGGUCCAGGAAGCGACGGCUGGAGGUCAGCCUCUCGCCUUCGGAAGUGAAGAGCAUCGUGCCGGCGUUCUCGUUCGAGUCAGAGCGCCGCGUGGACUCCGUCGAGAGCACUAAAUCCAUCAAGAGCAGUACCAAAGCGAAAUCUCGCAGGAACGCGAACGGCGCGAGCAAGGCCAAAAAGACGCCCGUCAGGUCGACGAGAUCGCGCGGGAACAGACGGUGAAACGAUUUGAAAAAGAAAAAAAACCGCCAAUUGUUAAUGUAUAGAGAAUCAUAGAGUGUUGAUAUUCCAAUAUGGCGUCAGAUAACCUCAAAUUCCAAAAAGAAAAUACAUAAAUAAAUAGUGAUGCAAUUCAACGGAGGACGCUUCGUUCGCGCUUAGUAAAUUAACGGUGGAAAUUAUUUAUUGAAAAUUAAUUAAACAAUUGUUGAUUGGAAUAUUUGACCGGGAGAGGGACAUUGACCGAAGUGUGCAAUUCAGUGUUCAUUUUAUCUUUCUAAGAUGGUACCACAUGUAAAUGAUUUUAUACUUAUCUCUUGAUUGUUUUGACAGUUUUUAUGAUAAUUCUUUGUUGCCGUUCAGAUAUUUUGAUGCAAAUUAUCAGAUAGAAAGAUCACUUCAAAUUUCCGUCUCCGAGUCAAAUAUUCAAGUUGAAUAAUAAUAAUUUUAUGAUGAUACCUUCGUGAAGCAGUUAGCGUCUCGAUUAGUUGGAUUAACUGUUUUAUUUUUUAAUAAUAAUUAUUUUUUUAAUCCUUUUUAUUUAAUGUUACUAUUAAUUUAUAAGGUUUUCUUUUUCUUUUCGCUAUAAUUACCAUUAGAUUGUAACAGGAUUAAAAAAAAAGUUAAUUGUAUUUUGAAUUAGUAGAUAAAAUAAUUAAUUAUUAUUAUGUAUUAUUAUUAUUAUUAUAUAAUUAUAGUCCGAACGGUGUGAUGUGAUAGUUUUGACAGAUGUCAUUUUUUAACACUCAUUUUUUUGAUCAUUUCAUUAAGCGACUGUUUGAAGAAGGAAAUAGCUUAACGAGAUUUUUAGGGUUUUCUUAGAUAAUUUUUGUUUUCGUGAUAUAUAAUUUUACUAUGCACCAUCUUAGAUAUCAUAAUAUGUUCAUGAGUGACCGUAAGAUUUAUCGGUGUUUUUGUGUGAUCGACCACUUAGAUAAUGAAACGAAAAAUUUAACCUAAUUUUUUAAUAUUUGUAUAACUAAUAAAAUUAUUUUUUCAUAUCUAAACAAAAAAAAAUAUCAAAAAAUGUGUCCGUUGGUAAAAAAUAAUACAGAUCUCUUUUCACGAUUGAUUAUAUCAAUAUAAAGUACGAAGUUUAGGUUGUUUGUGUGUGUAUAUUUGUUUGUACUAGAUUAAUAAUAGAUAGAAUUUUCUUUUCGUUGUUCUGGGGCCUCGGUCGGGUGGACAUAGGAAUACUUUGUUCGUAGAUCUAGAGUUUAUUAUUGUUCUCGUGGAUCCGACGAGGCGGCUCAUUAAACAGAAAGUUUAUAAAAGAGGAAAAGUUUAAAAAAAAAAUUUGAAAGUUUGGUAUAUUGAUUCUGUAUCUUCCAAAAAUUAAAAAAAAUAUAUUAAUAGAAAAAAAAAGAAAAAAACGAUUGCGUUGAAAGUGCCAAAGCAUGUUUCGGAACGUAAUGUUUAAAACUAGAAAAUGUCGAACGAGAAUACGCCCAUAGUUCGAAAUAAGAUUGGUAUCUGUUAAAAUCGAUUUGUUUAAAUACAAAGUGAUACGCGUGAAUCGAUGGUACGAGAUGUCUAUUUUUAAAUUAUAUAUAAUUCAUGGCCACGAAUAUGUACGUUGUUAGUGAGAGUGAAAAUUAUCGGAAUCUUAUCAAUUAUCGCUUCGACCAAAUAAUUGUUUUUCUUUCGACGUUUGUUUCACUUCAUUGUAAAUAUUUGAGUAGCGUGUAGUACAAAUAAUAUCGAUGUAAACGAUACAUUUAUAUAUAUAUAUAUAUAUAUAUAUAUAUAUAUAUACAUUAAAAGGAACAUAGUGAAAAUGAAAAAUAGUAUUUACAUAUUGAAAUGAAUUAUUCCUGUUGAUUCGAUUAUUUCGAAAAAAAAAAAAUCGAUUUGCCAACGUCUUGCUUUGUUAUUGUGAAACUUUGGACCCAAUGUUGUUAUAUCGGCUAAAAAAAAUUUUUAAUUUAAAAAAAUAUUGGUCCCUACAAUGUAAUUCUAAAAAGAACUGUAAUAACAUGAAAACAAUGGUUUCAUAGAAAAGAAAAAAAAGUUUAUAAGAAUAAAUUAUUGAAUCAAAAUUAAUGGAAACAUGUAUUAUAAUAAAUUUCAAAAGGCUGCGUGUUGAUUUUCAUAAUAUAAAUGUUGUUUGGUAUCGUUGCUUUGUUCAAAGUUUUAUAAUUGUAAUGCAUUUCGUGAACAAAACGUUUAUAGUGACGUGCUUGAAGAGUUUUCGAAAAUCGAUUUGUUGCAUUGUUAUUUUAACACAUUAUGCAAAUUUAUUAAACAUUUAAGAGCUCUAUCUGUCGUUGAUAUAAUUAUGAACGGAUCGAUUAAGGAAACAUUUCAGGUACACACGGCUCAGUGAAUAUAUUGAAAAAUGUACCUAUGUAUGAAUUUUGAAUUUAUAAAAGAAAUUAAAAAUGGCUGCUCUGUGUUACCAUUUUUUUUUUCUUAAAUAUCUGAAAUUUGGAAGCAAUUCUCAGGUAUUUUGGAAAAUGGUUUAAUGAUACUCUCGCAACCAAAACAAUGCGAGCAUAGGAAAUUUUGAAUUUCCGUUCGCUUAAAUUAAAUAAAUGCUGGAGUAGCCUCGUGGUAAUUGUUAUAAAGUGCACUUAAUAUGGAAUGUACCAAAAGAUUAUAUAAUUUUAUAAUAAAAGUGUUAGUUGUGUGCGUGUGUCGGCGUUAAAUAAAUUUUGUAUGAAGUUAAACGAAUGCCGACCGGAGAUAUUGGAUUGUAAUAAAUAUACCAUUUUAACAUUAUAA